AUGACUGAAGUAGUACAGUAUCUAGAUUCUUUGGUUACUAUUAUAAAUUCAAAAAUAGAUGCACCUCUUCAAGGAUGGCAUGCAAAUGUUGAUUUAAAACUAGUUCUUAGCACUUAUACUGCUCUUUAA